AUGGUUCUCACAACUCUCAGUCCCUGUCUUUUCCCUGUCAAUGAACACCAUUGUCCACCCAAAAUCGGCCACAAUUUCUUCAAUGCAAGUGACAACACAGCAGACGGCGCAACUUCAAGAGCUGACUCAUUUUGCGUUGAGCAUUCGAUAUCCCCUCUAACCUUCUACAAAGUCUUGUGGGCUUUGCUCCUGAGAAAAUUUACCAAUUCGAAUGAAGUCUUCUUUGGCGUGGUGGAGGUUGGCGCUGUGGCAGACAGCGUGGGCAUCGCGUUUGAUCCCACUGGUGACAAGCAGAAAUACCCUUCGCUCCAAUCUUGGUGUCAUGUCUGUCUUGCGGAAACAGACAGCAUUCUUGACACCAUGAAGCAACUGGAAUCAGACCCCCGGAAGGGAUCUCCUCCACCCGAGUUAGAACUUUCUCCUGGACGUUUUAACACGGAGUUGCAUUUGGUGACAGAGGAUAAUACCAAUUAUGUCACUGACAAGAGCAAUCUAAUUUGUCCCUACAUGAUAGACCUGCAACUAUGCGUGUCGUCCGAAACGAUCGUUUUCCGCUUCCGCGCUUCUUCAAUGACAGGCGCUGUAGCUCAAGGCUUACGUGAAACCUUGAAAAGGGCCAUCAAGAGCAUCCUAGACAACCCAAGACAAACUGUGAGAAAGCUAGACAUGCUUUCAAAUUAUGACAGGACGCGAAUAGAGCGCUGGAACAAAACAGAUCCAUGGCAACAGGUCAUAUGUAUGUGCGUUCAGGACCCGAUACAUCUCCAGGCGCUUUCUCAACCAAAGGGCCUUGCAUAUGACGGUUGGGAUGGGCCCUUGACAUUCCGCGAGCUGUGGGAAUACUCUACUCGCUUCUCAUAUUAUAUUUAUGAUCUCAGAGUCAGAAACAGACAGCUGGUGUUUCUCAACAUGGACAUGUCCAAAUGGGCUAUCAUUGCUAUGCUAUCUGUUCUUCGUGCUGGCGCCGUUUGUAUACCAAUCGAUAUUCUCAACCAGACACAUUGCUUCUCAUCUAUACAGAAUGUAAGACUUGCCUUAACUGACCCGUCCAUGUCGGACCUGUUUGCUGGCCACGUCCGCUUUGUAAUGACAGAGCUCCCCAAACUUAUAUCUGAGCUCCCUCCAGCCCCCGAAAGUUACGACCCCCAUGUUGACCCUAGUUGGCCUGCCAUGAUCAUGUUCACAUCCGGUGUCACUUCGCCGCCAAAACCCGUCGUUCUCGAUCAUGGCUCUAUCAGCACCAACAUCGUUAAUCUUGGAGAAACGUUGGAAAUUAACGACCAAUCGCGAAUCUUUCAGUGCUCCUCUCUCAGCUCUCAUGUAAGCAUAGCUGAUAUCCUCUGCACCCUGGUCAAUGGUGGGUGUAUUUGUUGUCCUACAGAAUGUAAUACGGAAGUUGAUCUUUCUCAUGCAGUCUCUACUGCUAGAGCUACUCACAUCUUCCCCACCCCUACCAUUUUACGCGAACUAACCGCGGAAGUGGUGCCUACACUUAAGGUUAUCUCUGUCAUCAAGGACGGUCUCACGAUCAGUGAUGUAGAGAAGUGGCAGGACCAUGUCAGUUUAUUCUAUCUCUACGGCAGCACGGAGUCUACCCUGUGCUGCACCCUCACAGACGCGAGCCACCAGGAGCGAUUGAAAUACCUCGGCAGGUUAAAUAUCGGGCGCGCGUUGACUUGCAGGACGUGGAUUGCUGAGCCGGGAAAUGCGUGUGGUGCGCUUGUUCCUAUUGGUAGUAUUGGUGAGCUAGUGGUUGAAGGGGGCACUCUUGGUCGGUAUUAUGUACCGGAGGAGAAUCCAGAGCCGAUGGAGGAGUAUCAGAGGAAUUGGGAGAAAGACGUUACGGAGAACACCAAUGAGCAUGAGAAAUGA